AUGAAAUUCUUCCCUGAAAUAACGAGUAGUGUUACGCUUCCUUACGUUCCAAGGAUAAGCGUUGUGAAUUGCAGGCGUAAUUCACUCCGAAGAACGUUCUAUAAAAGAUUGCAUAAGGCUGGGAGUCCUUCAGGCAAGCUGAUGCGUCAACUGUGUAUCUAUCCUUCGACAGUAGGAGGCAUUCAACUCUGCAAAAAGCUAAAUGACGACAUGCAGGUACAAGCUUCCAGCUGCUGGAGAUCUUAUGAUCCUGCUUUACAUUUCCUUUCGCAAAAUAAAAAACAAAACUACUACGUAAAGGUCAAAUCCGGACUUGGAGUACCAACCGACAGACUCUCAGUGCUUGGCCCCGCAAGGUUCCUAGAACAGAAGAAUCUGGUUAUCGCGUUGGAGGUUCCCUCCAUUAGCAGAGAGCUGGGGCUGGCAGAGAGCAGAGGGCUGGAGGAGCCGAAAGGAGCGGGGUUGAGGCAGGUCAUGACUGCCCGCGGUGGGAGGCGCUUGAAGGCAAGUAUAGUAGGUCAUGGGAUCCGCAAGCCCAACCGGAACCGGGUAAAGGUUGUUGGUGGCCGGAGGCGAUUCUCGCCCAGGGUCGCUAAGCCGCAUGCUGACCGUAGUCAUCUCCGCUGGAAGAGGAAUGGUUUCAACCGUGGACAGAAUUCUUUCAAUACCAAAUGA